AUGGAGAUUGACCUAGACCGUGGAGUCUGUUUUGACUUCAGAGCGAAGAGAGUCAUCAGCGUUAUUGCUGAUGUGUCUUCAGAGCCAUCAGGAGAUCACUGUGAACCAGAGGGUGUGUCAUUGUCAGCAGGUGAGAAGAGUGGAAAAUGUAUUGUCAUCACUCAGCUUGCUUCUGAUAAGCCUACUCUUAGACAUGAAUUAAAUUCUGAUCAGGAAUCGGAUGACAAUAAGAAAAAUGGUAAGGAGUUGGCCUCUGAAUCAGAUUCUGAAGAGAUACAAUCCGCAUGGAAUUCUGAGGAAGAAUUAUUUCCGGAACCUAAAACGAAUGAAAACAAUGCACAAUUUAUUUCUUUCAUUAAACAAUUUGUGAGAAUGCAAGGUAUAGCGCCUAAUCCCAGAUCAGAUGCUGAGGCUGUAGAAUCACCAUGGGAUUCUGAGGAAGAAACAACAACGCCAGCAAGUGGGAAGAGUGAAAAUGAGAUUUCUGUCAUCCGAGAUACUCCAGAAGAAGAAGGAAAUUGCAAAUUGUUUUGUAAUGGGGAGUUGGACAAAGACCAUAUCAGUGAUAUGGUGUGUACCUUAAGAUCAGAAGAUGAACCUGUAAGAUCAACUUCAAAGCCAAAGGAAGAAACAUCAAUUCCAACCACUGGAAAAAAUGAAAAGAAUAUGGAUAUUGUUCUAACUGUUUCAGGAGAGCAUACUAAAGACAAAUCGCCUGAUGCUAAUGGGUCACCAAAAGAUAACACAAUGGAUACCACAUCUUCCUUAAGAUCUGAUGAUGAGCCUGUGAUAUCCACAUUAAAGUCGGAGUGUAUUUCCAGAAAAUCUUUGAAGAAAGAUGCUGAUGGACCUAUGGGGGCGGGGAAAAGAGAAGAUAAACAUGAACAGUUGGAAGGCAAAUACAAAGAAAAAACAAUACAGGAAAGGAUCAGCAAGAAUUUUGUUGGUCAUUACAAUGACAUUGAAUAUAAACUCAGUGAACCUGAAUUAGAAAAUGCCAAUUUUUCAAUACAUAAUGACAUAAACACGAUACUCAUGGAAGUGGAGGAAAACCCUGCUAUAAGUGAAAGUGAUCAACAACAGAGCCUGCAGUUGUAG